AUGAAUCGUUUCGCUAUUUUUUUAAGGAAAUUAUCUACCAAAAAUAUGAUCUCCGAAGAUUUAGAUAUUUUAAAAAAAAAAUUGAGAUGUAGAUUUAAAAGUGUUGGUAUGCUUGAAUUAGAUACGAUAAUAAAUAAUUACUUAAAUGCAAAUAUGAAUAAAAUUGAUAAAUAUAAAGUAAAUUUAUUAUAUAAUUUAAUGGAUAUAGACACUAAUAAUUUAUUGAAAUUGUUUUAUUUUUAUUCAAACAGUCAGAAUCAGAAUGUUGAAAAAUUAUCGGAUUAUUUAAAAAAUAAGGAUGAAAAAGAAAUAAAAGAUACCUUUAAGUUGUUAAUUGAUAUACUCAAUCACAACGCAAAUAUUUCAAGCUCAUAA